GUAUCAUCCAGCCCCUCUUAUCAACCAGACGGCGUGCUCUAGCGGCUUUCUGCUCUAGAGCUCAGGUACAGACGCUCACAGUCUAGUUUGUUUAGCAGCAGAAGAGCAGAAGCUUUAGGAAACUAAAUGGGUGCCACUCCGCACCAUUACGGAGCAGAGAUCGCCCCAAACCGGAGAAUCCAUGGUCCGUUCAACGCCAGUUGAGAGUCGAGAGAAAUUGGCAAAAUGUCACUGCACCCAAAACGGCGUUGGCACACAAUCCAAUCCAAUCCAAUCCAGCUCGGCAAGAUGCCGCACAUCGCCAGAUGAGAUUUUCCCUCGAGUAGCGUCGUGUGGCGUUCCAAAUCGCCAUGCUAGUGCUGCAGCCAUGCCGCCCCUUCCAUCUUCAUCCAUCCUUCAGGCGCGGGAUGCUGAGCUCCAAGGAAUCUCCAAAAGUCAGCACAUGUACAAAUACCGCUUGCAAGACGCAUCGACGAGCACGGCCGCUAGCAUGCUCUCCUGUUUGAGCUCCUUUAUCAAGUACCGGUACUCCUGCCAGGUACAGCGUAUGCAGAGCGUGCACGGCCACGCCGCAUGCGAGGGCCCCCUCUUUGGCCGCCGCAACGGCGAGGCUCCGAGCAUGCUAAUUGCAGGACUCGCAAGGGCACAGGCGUACAGUAGGAGAAAGGCCACUGGUCCCUCCACUGCAAUUUCACGAGCUUGAUUAUGCGGUUCCGGACGGCGAUGGAGCUUCCCGAAGAGGCCUCUGCCAAAGCCCAAAAGCCAAGUCGAUGACUUGCCUCCUGCAUUAGUGGCCUCUGUCCAGCCAAUGUAAC